AUGAGCGAACAGCUAAGAUGGGACGGCCAGACCGUCGUGGUCACUGGCGCCGGAAAUGGACUGGGAAAGGCAUACGCUCUGUUCUAUGCCAGCAGAGGAGCUAACGUCGUGGUCAACGACCUCGGUGGCAGCUUCAAGGGUGAGGGUGGUGGCCAGACUGCUGCGCAAGCAGUGGUCGACGAGAUCACCAAGGCAGGCGGCAAGGCUGUAGCCAACUACGACGAUGUCCAGAACGGCGAGAACAUCAUCAAGACCGCCAUCGACAACUACGGACGAAUCGAUGUGCUCAUCAACAACGCCGGCAUUCUCCGAGAUGUGAGCUUCAAGAACAUGAAAGAUGACGACUGGGACUUGAUCAUGAAGGUGCACGUUAUCGGUGCUUACAAGUGCGCGAGAGCAGCAUGGCCACACUUUAGGAAGCAGAAGUACGGUCGCGUGAUAAGCACUGCAUCUGCGGCAGGCCUCUUUGGCAGCUUCGGACAGUGCAACUACUCGGCGGCCAAGCUGGCGCAAGUAGGCUUCACAGAGACUCUGGCAAAGGAGGGUGCCAAGUACAACAUCCUUUGUAACACGAUUGCACCAAUCGCGGCCUCGCGUCUGACUGCGACAGUCAUGCCAAAGGAGGUUCUGGACAUGCUCAAGCCCGAGUGGAUCGUGCCACUUGUCGCUGUCCUCACACACAAGUCGAACACCAAGGAGUCGGGCGGCAUCUUCGAGCUCGGCGGCGGUCACAUUGCAAAGUACCGAUGGGAGCGCUCCAGGGGUGCUCUGCUCAAGGCAGACAACUCUUUCACACCAGGUGCUCUGCUCGCGAAGUGGAGUGACAUUGAGGACUGGUCGAAGCCACAGCACCCAACAGGACCCAACGACUUCAUGGCACUUCUCGAGGACGCACAAAAGCUGCCAGCCAACCCGAAGGCCCAAGAGCUGGACUUCAAGGGCAAGGUCGCAGUCAUCACUGGUGGUGGUGCCGGUCUUGGUCGCCUCUACUCGCUGAACUUUGCCAAGUAUGGUGCAUCUGUCGUGGUCAACGAUCUCGCAGAUCCUGAGCCUGUUGUUCAGGAGAUCAAGAAGAUGGGUGGCCAGGCAGUGGGUGUACGAUGCAGCGCUGAGGACGGCGACAAGGUCGUAAAGGCAGCAAUCGAUGCUUUCGGCCGCAUCGACGUUCUCGUCAACAACGCAGGUAUCCUGCGCGACAAGUCUUUCCACAACAUGGAUGACAAGAUGUUCAACCAAGUGCUGGACGUCCAUCUCCGGGGCACAUACAAGGCCACCAAGGCUGCUUGGCCAUACUUCCUCAAGCAGAAGUACGGCCGUGUCAUCAACACGACCUCAACUUCUGGUAUCUACGGAAACUUCGGCCAGGCCAACUAUGCAGCGGCGAAGUGCGGUAUUCUCGGUUUCUCGCGUGCGCUGGCUCGUGAGGGCAAGAAGUACAACAUUUUCGUCAACACAAUCGCACCAAACGCCGGCACGAACAUGACCCGCUCCGUCAUGCCAGAGGAGAUGGUGCAAGCAUUCAAGCCAGAUUACGUUGUGCCUGUUGUGCUCAUCAUGGCAUCCGACAAGAUGCCAAGUGAGCCAACCGGUCGUUUGUUCGAGAGCGGAUCUGGAUGGGUUGGCGAGACCAGGUGGCAGCGGACACCAGGUGCUCAGUUCCCUGUCGAUGAGCAGCUGACCCCAGAAGCUGUCGUGGCAGCGUGGGACAAGAUCUCAAACUUCGACGUAGCCGGCACCGACAAUCCACAUGAUGUCCCAUUUGCAAACAACAAGAUCAUGGGUAACUUUGAGAACAGGAAGAACAAGGGCAGCUCAGACGACGGCGACAACGAAGAUUGGAACGCAAAGAUCGCAGAAGCAAAGAAAGCCAAGGCAGAAGGCACAGACUUCUCCUACGAUGAGCGCGAUGUAAUCCUCUACAACCUAGGCAUCGGCGCCAAACGCACCGACCUCGACUACGUCUUCGAAGGCGCCGACAACUUCCAAGCCCUCCCCACCUUCGGCGUCAUCCCCCCCUUCAACGUCGAAACCCCCUACUCCCUCUCCGACAUCGUCCCCAACUUCUCGCCCAACAUGGUCCUGCACGGCGAGCAAUACCUCGAGAUCCGCUCCUUCCCGAUCCCAACCGAGGCAGACCUCAUCUGCCACCCCACGCUCGUCGAGGUCCAAGAUAAAGGCAAGAGCGCCGUGGUCGUGCAGGGCAGUAUUACCAAGGACAAGAAGAGCGGGAAGGAGAUUUUCUAUAAUGAGAGUACGGCUUUCUUGAGAGGGUCGGGAGGUUUCGGUGGGCAGAAGCAGGGGGGUGAUAGAGGUGCUGCGAGUAAAGUCCACACUCCACCUAAGCGCAACCCAGACGCUGUGGUAGAAGAGAAGACCAGUGAAGACCUCGCAGCGAUCUAUCGUCUCUCCGGUGACAGGAAUCCGCUACACGUUGACCCUGAUUUCGCCAAAGUUGGAGGCUUUGAUGUGCCAAUUCUCCACGGCCUCUGCUCGUUUGGAAUUGCGGGUAAGGCGGUGCUGAAGACGUUUGGGGAGUUUAAGAACAUCAAGGUCCGGUUUGCGGGCAUUGUGCUGCCGGGUCAGACGCUUGUGACGGAGAUGUGGAGGGAGGGAAAUCUUGUCGUGUUUCAGACGAAGGUUAAGGAGACGGGUAAGUUGGCGAUUGCGGGUGCUGGUGCUGAGGUGAGGGAGGGUGGGAAGCCGAAGUUGUAG